UUUUGCCUGAGCUUAUGAACUGAGUGUUAUUGGAUUGGGUCAGAUAUUAUACACUAAUUGGAUUUGUGCUGGCCAAUUGUCAUCGCACUGAGCACAAAGAUCAUCAUGGCGCCACCAUUACCAGGAAUUGAUCAACUACAGCAGCCUCCUCCUCCGCCGCUGCCAACAGGGCAAAGUGUUUUGCCACCCUCGGGGGCUUUUCCUGGAUCUCUUACACCUGGCUGGAAUGAUCCGCCACCACUUGCAAUGGACAGCUCAAACAAUCGUCGGCCACGUUUGGAUUUGCGUAAACGUGUCGCCUAUCCCAUGGAUGGCAGCACCAUCGGCAGUAAUGCCAUUAGUGUCGGCAAUGCACCACCCUUGGAUAUGGCAGCAGGCUUAGCUAACCCACUUCGUCCUGUGGCAAUGGUGCCGCCACAACGACAGGCUCCAUAUGUGGACUAUGGCAGUGGCAGUACCAGCAGUAGCAAUAGCGGCAGCAGCAACAACAAUAACUCUAGCACGGACGCGGCUCGUUUACCCCCCGUGGCGAUAGGCAGUGGGGAUUUGUCCAAGGUUCCCGUGGCCAUGGUGCCACCGAGGCAGAAAUGACCCACUAUACCCGUCUAGCCAUAGCCUUAACCCCCUAGCCAAGUAGAGAAUAUAACGAUAUAAGUGGACGACAUAUUCGUCGUGUGUAAGAAGUAGUGAGUGGAAAAGACAAUUUGACCAUUGAUGAAAACAAAAAAAAAAAAAAAAAAAUCAUUAAAGCCAAGAAAUGCCCAAACAAAAAAUAACACUCGUUUCAUAUUUCUAUGCAAAAAUCGAGAAAUACGUGGAGAAAUACAGGACUGCCGUGGUGGAAAGACUCUUAUUGUUAAUAUAUUUACUUUAAAUAGUCACUUAGGCUUUCGAUCAGAGAUAUAUGUCGGAUAUAAUGAUCAACAUUCGAUAAUUACAAUUACGCUUGAUUACUAGUAAAUUGUCAUAUUGCUGAUGAAGUAUUUGUUAAAUGUAAAAUUCACCUGAUGCCAGAUUAAUCUAUAAUAAAAUAGAAAGUAAAUAAAUUCAAUAAUUAUA